AUGAGUUCACCAAAAUCUAAAGAUCUAGAGGGACAUCUCACGCGAGAAGUUCAGACGAUAACUAAUGGGAACUCGCGAACUUCAGUAACAGAUGUCGAGGAGGACGUGGUAGCAAAGGACAAUAACGAUACGAACUUUAUCUUCACCAACAUCGACAAAGACCAGUUCUAUCAACUCUCGAAGACAUUGGCAGACUUCUACGAUCGCGAAAUGAAUAAUUAUUCUGAUAUUACUCGAGCUCUUUACGAUUUUCGAGCAGAGAAUCCAUCUGAAUUAAGCUUUCAGGAAGGCGACAUUCUUUUAAUUCAAGAUCGGCAAUGCGCGGGCUGGCUAAUUGCUGAUCUUGGGGAAGAAACUGGACUGGUGCCGGAAAACUAUGUCGCCUUGUUGGGUGACGAUGAAGAGGAAGAGGACGAAUACGGGGACUGGGCUAACGAGGAGCAACAAUAA